GCCAUCUUUUAAUAAAGUAAAACUAAAUGUUUUUAUGCAUUGUUUUUUGAACAAAAAUGGAUUGGAUUUUUACGCAAAAAAUUUAACUAAACCCAGCCAAAAUAGUUCUUCGUUUCCACAGAAGAACUGCCAGCACGAUUAAGGUUAUAAACGCUGCGUUGCAUGUAGAGAGCUUGAGGACUCUUUUAAGAAAUUAUUACUUGUAUAUUCUUUUGUCCACAUUCGGCUAAUGAUGUAUUUUUAACAUAGUGAACUGCUGACAUCUAGCAAGUUGGAAGCUAACCGGGUAACCAAUCAACUUAAAUUUAAAAUAAGUAGCUUGACAAAAAAAAGUCAUCGUUACCUUAUUGAUCUAUUUAACAAAAACUUAAACAAAACAAAGAAAUUUAAGUUUCUGUUAAAUAAAUAGUUAUUAAACAGGGCAAGUUUUUUCCUUUUUUAACUAUGAUUUUUCUUUAUUUAUUGUAUUGCUAUUGAUAUUAUUUACUUGAAUAGAUAUCGAUGCUUAAAACUUACAUUGUUUUUUGUUUUCAUUUUAUAAUAAUUAUUUAGCGUCGUAUUUAGUAACUAUUUUUAUAAUACUGUCCAAAUUUUGUAUAUAACAUGUGUAGGUAAACCAUAUGGAUAUUGCAUAAUGUCGCCAAAAUCAAAAUUUUAGCAAUAAUGUAAAUUAUUUAGAUUAGGAUUAGAAAUAUAUUUAAUGGUUGCACUGAUUCUUUUUUAAUUAAUACACUUCAUACUUUAGUAAAUAUACUAAAUAAUUAUAUAUUUUAGCUUUAAUACACGAUCGACAACAGUACAAAAAAUAAAAAGUAAAAAAAAAUCUAUUAUCUAUUUAUUUUGUAUUUUAAUUCAAUAUUUAAUUUAGAUUUGUAAUUGAUCAAAAAUGUCUGAUAAAGAAGGUCUCCUUACAAAUAUUGAAAUGUCAGGAAGAAAAGAAAUGACAUCAAAUGAUUUAUAUUUUGAAGAUGGAAUAAGAACUAUUGAUUAUAUUUUGGCUUAUGAGGUAGCUGAAGAUAAAAAUAAUUUAUCAGAACAAAAAAAAAAAGAUGAAAGAAAUAUGUUCUUGGAUAACCUAAAAGCAGAAGGGUUAGAAAUUGAAGAAACAAGUUCCCUUAAAAACAAGAUAAAAGAGGAAUACGGCACAUUUCGUGGAAAAAAAGAGGAAGAUGUUAUUCGCUUUAUCAAAGUGCAUGCACCAUUUAAUGUUUUAUGUGAGUAUGCUGAAAAUCUAAAAAUGAAGAUGCCUAUAAAAGAUUAUGACAUAUAUAUAAAUGAAUGGUACUAUGGAAAGUUAUAUAGUAUGAUUAAAAGUAUUGAUCCAUUUGUAAUUCGUGAUAAAUACACAAGAGAUGAGAAAAAAUAUUUUGUUAAAGUAUUUGACCGAGAUCAAAUUUCAGAAUUUAUCUACAGUGAUAAGCCAAAUUUUUUUUCAACCAUUAAGCGAAGAAGAAUAGUAUAUUCCAUCCUUGAAAAAGUAAAGUAUGGUAAAGGAGAGUUAGAUUUAGGUAUAGAUAAUCUUCAAGCCAGGGGUAUUUUUCUUGAUAUCUUUCCACUGCACAGAGGGCCUUUAAAAACAAAUCCCAAAGAUAUCCCAAUAAAUGAUCGCCAAUAUUUACAAGAAGACUGGGCUAGUAUAAGACGUGUUUUUAAAUAUCAACCUAUUGAAGCCAUUCGAAAUUAUUUUGGUGAAAAAGUCGCACUUUAUUUUGCAUGGCUAGGAUUUUACACAUCUUUUCUUGUCCCAGCCUCAAUUGUUGGACUUUUAUGUUUUUUGUAUGGUAUUUUUUCUACAUUUGAUUCUCCUAUUGUUAAAGAAGUUUGUAAUCCACAUAAUGAGACAGAUGGCACAUAUAAAUUUUACAUGUGUCCUUUGUGUGACAAACUUUGCUCAUAUUAUUUGCUACAUACACAAGGUUGUUUUUAUUCCAAGAUAACUCACUACUUUGACAAUAAUUCUACUCUGUUUUUUUCUGUAUUUAUGUCCUUGUGGGCUACUAUAUAUUUAGAAUUUUGGAAAAGAAAAGAAAAAUCCCUAGCAUAUGAAUGGCAUACUAUGGACUUUGAGGAGGAUGAAGAACAGCCUAGACCUGAGUACCUUGCAAAAGUUACUCAACUCAGAAAAAAUCCAGUUACUUUGAAAAAAGAACCAUAUAUGCCAAUAUCUCAAAGAUAUUCGCGUAUUUUUGGUGCAUUUGGUGUUGCAUUAUUUUUUGUUAUACUAGUGAUCAGCGCUGUUUUUGGUGUUAUUGUCUUUCGAGCUGCAUUUUAUAUUUUCCUCAUUCGGCAAAAUAAUCGAGCGAUUCGAACUUAUUCAAAGAUGGUGGUAUCAGCAUCUGCUGCUUGUGUAAACUUGCUUGCCAUCAAUAUGUUAAAGUUUGUUUAUGAGCGCAUAGCUGUUAAGUUAACUAAUUGGGAAAAUCCACGAACAUUUACUGAGUAUGAAGAUAGUUUUACAAUAAAGAUGUUUUGCUUUCAGUUUGUAAACACAUAUGCUUCAAUCUUUUAUGUAGCUUUUUUUAAAAGCGAGUUUUUUGUUGGCAGCCCUGGAAAUUAUAACAGAUUUACUAGUCAAAAAUUUCGUUUUGAUGGUUGUUCAGUUCAAGGAUGUUUCCUUGAAUUGACUAUACAACUUGUAAUCAUUAUGGUUGGUCAGCAAAUAAUUGGCAAUGUUAUGGAAAUUGGUAUUCCAUUUUUAAAAAACAAAUAUCGAAAUUGGAGGUAUGCAAAACUUACUUCUUAUACUGAGGCUAAUCAACCACAAUGGGUUGCUGACUUUGAAGGUGAAAUUCAAACAAAGUUUUCACUAUUUUGGCAAUAUUUAGAAAUAGUUCUUCAAUAUGGAUUUGUUACAAUGUUUGUGGCUGCAUUUCCAUUAGCUCCCUUAGUAGCACUUUUAAACAAUAUUGUUGAAAUAAGAUUGGAUGCUGUUAAUUUUAUACAUAAUUUCCGUUGUACACAUGCUAAUCCUGCACAGGAUAUUGGUGCAUGGUAUGGAAUUUUAGCCACCUUAACAAUGCUUUCUACAAUUGUCAAUGGAUUUGUACUCGCAUUCACUUCAGAGCUUAUACCACAUUUGGUUUGGAUUUAUUAUAAAUCUCCUGACGGUAAGUUGGAUGGUUAUGUAAACUGGUCUAUGUCAAAAUUUAGAGUGUCAGACUUUAAAAAUAAUUCAAGACCUGAUGAUCCAAUGAUGAAUGGCUUAAAACCGCAGGAGUUUUGCAGAUACCCAGGUUUUCACAAUGAAACUCGCCCAUAUGGAUAUUCUGAAGACUAUUGGAUUGUUCUUACAGCUCGCUUAGCUUUUAUUAUUGCUUUUCAAGCAUUUGUGAUUUCUGUUAAAGAAACAAUUGCAUAUAUAAUUCCUGAUAUUCCAAAAUCUUUGGAAUUAAAAAUCAAACGUGAAAAGUAUUUGGCAGAGAAACAAGAACGUAGACACAAAGAAAAGAUUGGAAAACGUAGACCUAGCAAAAUAAUGCUGUCUGAAUCGGUUAGCUAUUCAUCUCGAGAAGAUUCUUUAAUGGUUUAGAACGCUGUUGCCUAUUAUUUUCUAAAGUCAUAGUAUAUAUUUAUUUAUAUAACUAUAAUUUAAAUGUUUUUAAGUGAUUCGUUGUCAACUUUUGAGCUUUAAGUUUUUGUAACUUUAAAACUUUAAAAAUGUAAAUAAAAAAAAUAUUAUAAAUAGAAAUAUAAAUAAAAAUUAUUAUAAUUCAAAAUUUAAAGAGUUAAAAAAAGUUAUAAACAAAUCGAAUUUUUUCUUAACCUUUAAUUUUAAUAGCACAAGUUUUUUUGUUUUGUUUGUCGAUUAAUCAAAAUAUAGAGAAAGCGAGGUUACUCAAUGCAUUUUAAAUAACUUAUUUUAUUUAUUUAAUUUUUAUCUUUUUUUGUUUCUUAUUGGAUAUUAGUCCAUUUAUAAAUUUACAUAUUGGUUGUAUUUUAGUAUAAAACACGAAUUGAAAUA